UGCGUGACUGAGUUUACCACAAUACUACCUAUUAUGGGCAACUUGACUUCGUCGUGUGCUUUAGUCAAAGAAGUUAAUGCACCCUAUAAUGCCCCAAUAAUAAUUGUAACCUUCAUCCUCGGAUUUAUUGGAAAUGCCGUUGCUUUAUGGAUCUUCAGUUUUCAUGUGAAAUCCUGGAAACCAAACACAGUUUAUUCACUGAACCUGGCGAUUGCAGACACUCUGUUAAUCUGCUGUUUACCGUUUCGAGCAGAUUACUAUAUCCGGGGGAAGAACUGGAUUUACGGUGAUGUUCCUUGUCAUCUGAAGGUAUUUUUGAUUUCCCUAAACCGAGCAGGAAGCAUCAUGUUCCUCACGGCGAUGGCGAUCAAUCGGUAUCUGAAAGUGGUCCAUCCUCACCACAGAGUGAAUACGAUGCCUACAAGCUGUGCAGUGAAGGUAGCCACCAGCUUGUGGGUUCUCGCAGUGGCAAUUUGCUCACACCUUUUAGCAGAACCUCAGUCCUUCAAACUCGACAACCAGACAUACUGUGAACCCAUUAACAUAUCGCGGCCUCUAAGUCCGACAACAAUUUGGACCGAUAUUGUUUUUAUUAUUUUUAAGUUUGCUAUCCCGGCUCCGAUUAUCCUCUUCUCCACGUCCUGCAUCAUUUGGAAGUUAAAACAGAUGAAAAUUGAGUUGAGGGGUAAAUAUAAACGAGCGAUGAAACUUGUGUUCGCUGUGUCUGCAGUUUUUGUGCUUUGUUUCUUACCCACAAGCAUUGCUGUUCUUGCUGUGUUAAUCACGAAACUGAGAGGUACUGAAGGCUGCAAGUCAUAUGAAACAGCUGUUCAUGUCUUUUAUAAUACACUAUUCAUGACAUAUCUGAACAGCGUACUGGAUCCAGUUAUUUACUACUUCUCAAGUUCAAAAUUCAAAAGUGCUUUACUGAAAGCAGUUGCUCCGUUUAAGCGAAAUUGUUCCAAAUCAGAAACUGACAGUGCGGCGCAACCGACAGAAUCCACAGGACAAAUAGAUGUGGAUCAUCAUUUAAAAAACACGGCGGGCUGUAAUAAAUAUGAGCAAUCCCAGUCUAUGUCUACUUUGUCUGCAUCAUCUAACUUUUAGUGAUCCGCUGUGUAUUUAAAGUAACUUCCAUGCAUUGCUGCAAAACGUUGUAAUUAAGUAGAUUUUGUUGUUAUUCUAUUUCUGGCGAAAUCGUGCUAAAAUAAACUGUGAUUUUUGAAGUCUAGUUAUCUA